AUGGACGAUCGAGACAGAAGAUCGCCCGGAGAACGUACUUCUUCUCGGUGGGCGAAGAUUGUGAAAAAAGCCAAGCCCGCACAGCUAUCAGAAGAUUCCGAGUUAAAGGAGCACAACCUCGCUGACGACAUAAGAUGCGGAAACUACGACACCUGGACACCGGAAGCUUGCAUCCAAAUAUUGAGAACUCCCACGGUAGAAAAUUUCGCGGGACUCAAGAAACUUCUGUACCGGUCCGACACUGUGUGGAUGGAGGAGUUCCUGCAGCGUGAGGGUCUGGAAGCGCUCUUCGAAAGCUUGCAGAGACUCGCCCAGAGAACGACAACCCUUCAAGGAGCAGUCAUCCUCAUCAACUGUGUGGAAUGUUUGCGAGCGGUGAUGAACUGUCCGGCGGGUCUCAAUCACAUCGUCCAGCACCAUCGCUACACGCGAAAGAUACUUGAAGCUUUCGCAUCGGAAAACGUGCUGGUGAAGAAGCAAGUCGUCGAGCUCCUCAGUGCUGUUUGCUUAUACUGUCCGGAGGGUAAUUUCCUCGCCAUGGAUGCCUUGGAUCACUAUAAGAGAUCACACAACAUUCCCUCGAGGCUCGGAUACUUGGUCGACGACUUGAAGGAGAAUAAAUGCGGAGCUUACACGGUUGCAAUCCUAGCUUUUAUCAACUGUGUGAUCUUCACUGCGGGAGGACCCUUGGAAAAAGCUCGAAUCCGCAACGAAUUCAUCGCCCAUGGCUUGCUCGAUGCGAUCAAAUUCUUGACGUCGACUUGUGAAGAAGAAGACGUAUUCGUUCAAAUCGAGGCCUUCGAGAGCGAUCGAGCCCGAGACGAAGACGCUGCUCUCGACGAACUCCAAAGAAAGUUGGGUGUGGAAACCAUAGAGCAUUUUGCCACCGUCAUGGAGAAGAUAUCCAGCGCACCGCACGCGGUUGCAUGCCUCGAUUUAAUCCUUCAGCACUUGUGCAAAGUUGAUCCAGGCCGCCCAGAAAGCAACCUUGUUUGGGACAUCCUCGAGCGCUUGUCCGCAGCUCUCUCGGGCAGCCACGGAUGCGAGCCAAGCCUUGUGAUUAACCUCCAUCAUCGACUCCUCGAAAUCCUCAAAUCUACACCUCAGCAGGCUGCCCUCCCCGCGAACGUGAACACGAGUAAUGGGGCUAUGGGUUCCAGUGGAGCAAACUUGCCCACGAUUAAGGAGAGACAUUCGACAGGAGACGUCGACGAAGAUCUUGCGGAGUCCAAGAAGGAGGACCACGGUGUGGAAGAGAAGACAUCGGAGCCGAAGUCAUCGCGCGUGCCCAGUUUCCUCAAGAAACAUAACAUUUUCAAUCAGCUGACCCGGAGAGCGAGUCGCAGGUUUCAGAAACUAACUCAACGGCACAGACCGCCCCGAACGGACAAUGGAGGUCUUGACCCUGCCGGCAUCACCAGAGAUGCGAAUCCGCCGCCGGUGUCGGCAUCCGAUUGCUCCCAUCCUCCGCCUCCUUUGCCGUCUCCCACACCUACGAAUGGCUGCGAUUCUCCUCCUCCCCCUCCGCCCCCACCACCGAUGCCUAUGAAUGGCUGCGUUUUCCCUCCUCCCCCACCUCCAAUGCCUAUGAAUGGCUGCAUUCCUCCUCCGCCACCCCCAAUGCCAAUGAAUGGCUGCAUUCCUCCGAGUUCCGGAAUCAAGCUCGGCCCUCCUCCCCCUCCUCCGAUGCCGACACUCGGUUCUCCUAUUGGAUCAGCAGACGUAAUUUCGCCGUCUUAUCGAGCGACUCUCGGAGCGGCUGCUCAGACGGCCAAACCGAUGUUCUUCGCGACACUGCCAAGACCGUCGAACAAGAUGAAAACCUUCAACUGGAUGAAGGUUCCCGAUAGAACAGUCAUGUCGAAAAAAAAUAUUUGGAAAGAAAUCCUCAACACAAACGACACGGUCGAGGGUAAAUUAGAUUUCGGUCAGCUCGAAGCUUUGUUCUGCCAGAAGUCGUCGAAAAGCGCAGAUACGUCCCCUGGAGAUCGGCUUACGAAGAAGAAAAGCAAGGAGCCGUCGAAGGUGAAUCUCCUCGACGGCAAGAGGAGCAUGAACAUCAACAUUACGCUCAAGCAGUUCAAGUUGAACCCGCUUGACUUGGUUGAGAUGCUCCGCAACUGUAAAAGUUCGCAGCUCGGAGCCGAGAAGCUCAGGAUGUUGCAGAAGGUCCUGCCAACGAACGACGAGAUCACAUUAGUGAAGAGUUAUAACGGGGAAAAGGAGAAGCUGGGUGAAGCUGAAAAGUUCUACCUGGCUCUAGUUUCUUUGAAGCAAUUCAACCUCUACGUGGAGGGUCUGCUCCAAAUCGAGGAGUUCGAACCCACGGUCAACUCCUUGCACUCCGCGUUGAGAAAAUACGCGAAAAUAUGCAACACCAUCCUCACCAGCAAGGCCCUCCAGGAUUUCCUCGGGCUGAUUUUAUUCGCGGGGAAUUUCAUCAACUCGGUAAGCCAUUCGGGGAUGGUUUCUGUUAUGCAGAAUAGCUAUGCCGGUAAUGCCAGUGGGUUCCAAUUAUCGACAUUGAGUCGACUCCUAGAGACCAGAGCGAAUCAGCCGCGAGUGACUCUGCUGCACUAUCUUGUCGACCAGGCGAACACCAGUGCUCCUGAUUCACUGAACUUCUUCCUCCACGACUUGGACGGGGUCGACGUCGCGGCGAGAUUCUCACUCGAAACGGCCAGAGCAGAUAUCGAAACGCUGCGGAGAAACUUGAGUAAACUAGAGAACAGCGUUCGAAAUGCCGAGAGUCCUCUGAAGGAGCAUCUGCAGGAGUUUUUGAAGAGGGCACAAAUCGGGGAGCUCGAAUCAGAAAUGACAAGAAUUACAGAGCUGAGCAAAAGCAUAAUGGAACAUUUCUGCGAGGAUGAACGCUCCUUCAACAUCGAAGAGUGCAUACGUCUCUUCGCGACAUUCUGUGCCAAAGUCAAGGAGGCGCUAAGGGAGAACAAAGAACGAAAGCUGAUGGAGGAGAGAGUCGAAAGGCUGAGGAAAGCUCGGGAAGAAGCGACCAGAAAUGCCCCCAAAGGAAUCAAAGUGACCCUCAUUCCUGAAGCGAAUUGUGCUGUCGACAAUCUUCUGGAAGAGAUUCGACGAGGGGACUUCAAGCUCAGAAAACUCGUCUGCUGA